UAAACCUUGCCACCUGGAAGACUAAACAUACAGUUCUCCUGAGACUGAACCAGAAUUACUGAAUUUAGGCAACUGAAGAUGCUGCUGCUGUGGAAACAGCUGUUCCUGGUGUCAUUUAUUGGCUGUUUUGCAGAUCUUGAAAACUCCCGGACGAAGAUGAGAAGCGCGGUGUCGGUUCGUGAGGGGCAGGGAGUCGUGCUGCUCUGUGGACCACCCCCCCGGGCAGGAGAAUUGUCAUUUGCUUGGAUCUUCAAUGAAUACCCAUCAUUUGUACAAGAGGACAGUCGGCGAUUUGUGUCCCAAGAGACGGGUCACCUCUACAUUGCCAAAGUUGAGCCCUCGGAUGUUGGGAAUUACACCUGCGUUGUGACCAGCGCUGUGACCAACAGCCAGGUUCUUGGGUCACCAACGCCUCUCGUGCUGCGCACGGAUGGUGUGAUGGGGGAAUAUGAACCCAAAAUAGAAGUUCAGUUUCCUGAGACUCUUCCUGCGGCUAAAGGCUCCACGGUGAAGCUGGAAUGCUUUGCACUGGGAAACCCUGUGCCUCAGAUUAACUGGCGAAGAACUGAUGGUCUGCCAUUUCCAAGUAAAAUAAAGCUGAGGAAAUCCAAUGGCAUGAUUGAAAUACCUAAUUUCCAGCAGGAGGACGCGGGGCUGUACGAAUGUAUUACUGAAAACUCAAGAGGAAAAAACAUUGCAAGAGGACGUCUCACUUACUAUGCAAAACCUCACUGGAUCCAGACGAUAAAAGAUAUUGAAGUUGCUGUAGAGGACACCUUAUACUGGGAUUGUAGAGCAAGUGGGAAGCCCAAACCAUCGUAUAGGUGGCUGAAGAACGGAGACCAACUGUCAAUAGAGGGAAGGAUCCAAAUUGAAAAUGGUGCACUUACAAUAUCAAAUCUAAAUCUGACAGAUUCUGGCAGAUACCAGUGCAUAGCUGAAAAUAAACAUGGUGUCAUCUAUUCAAGUGCAGAGCUCAGGGUUGUAGCUUCUGCUCCAGAUUUUUCCAAGAAUCCGAUGAAGAAACUGAUCCAGGUUCAAAUAGGCAGCACAGUUGAUUUUGAAUGCAAACCCAAAGCUUCCCCUAAGGCCAAAUGCUCCUGGAAGAAGGGAGGUGAGCAGCUGCGGGAGAAUGAAAGGGUCGUGUUAUUAAAGGAUGGAGGACUAAGAAUAGCCAAUGUGACCAAAGCUGAUGCUGGAAGCUACACGUGCCUGGCCACAAACCAGUUUGGAACAGCCAGUGGCUCAACAACCUUAAUAGUUACAGAGCCAACCAGGAUUACUUUGGCACCUUCCAACAUGGACGUGACUGUGGGAGAAAGUGUGGUUUUGCCUUGCCAGGUCCAGCACGACCCUAUACUGGACAUCAGCUUCACCUGGUAUUUCAACGGGACGCUCACCGACUUCAAGAAGGACGCUUCUCACUUUGAGAAGGUUGGAGGGAGCGCAUCGGGAGAUUUAAUGAUUAGAAACAUCCAGCUGAAACACAGUGGAAAAUAUGUUUGUAUGGUGAAGACAGAAGUGGAUAGUGUGGCAUCUGCAGCCGACCUUAUCGUACGAGGCUCACCCGGGCCCCCCGAACACGUGAAAGUGGAUGAAAUAACUGAUACCACGGCUCAGAUCUCCUGGCAGGAAGGCACAGACAAUCACAGCCCAGUGACCGCUUACACCGUACAGGCGAGGACCCCCUUUUCGGUUGGCUGGCAGCGAGUUACAACAGUUCCAGAUGUGAUCGAUGGAAAAACAUUCACAACCACAGUGGUGGAUUUAAAUCCUUGGGUUGAAUAUGAAUUCCGUGUAGUUGCCAGUAACAAAAUAGGAGGUGGAGAACCUAGUUUGCCCUCAGAAAAAGUAAGAACUGAAGAGGCAGCUCCUGAAAUCCCCCCAUCUGAGGUCAGCGGGGGAGGAGGCAGCAGGUCCGAACUGGUCAUAACAUGGGAUCCCAUCCCUGAGGAAUUACAGAAUGGAGAAGGCUUUGGCUACGUUGUCGCUUUCCGCCCCUUUGGCACCACAACGUGGAUACAGACCGUGGUCACCUCUCCCGACACACCCAGAUACGUCUUUAGGAACGAAAGCAUCUUGCCCUUUUCACCCUAUGAAGUCAAAGUUGGUGUCUACAACAAUAAAGGAGAAGGGCCAUUUAGUUCAGUAACCACAGUUUUUUCAGCUGAAGAAGAGCCAAGCAUUGCACCCUCUGGGGUGUCUGCCACGAGUCUGUCAUCCUCCGUCAUCGAGGUCUCCUGGACAGCCAUCCCCUGGAAGAUGAGCAGUGGAAGGUUACUGGGUUACGAGGUUAGGUACUGGAAUAAUGGUGGGAAGGAAGACUCUUCAAACAGAGUAAAAGCUGCAGGGAAUGAGACAUCAAUAAGAAUAACAGGUUUGAAGAGCAACUUGGUGUAUUACACAGCUGUGCGGGCGUACAACAGCGCGGGGGCCGGGCCCUUCAGCGCCACAGUGAACGCCACCACCAAAAAGACACCACCCAGUCAACCGCCAGGAAACGUUAUGUGGAAUGUCACCGACUCCAGAGUCAUCCUCAGCUGGGAGGAAGUCAGAGCCAUGGAGAACGAGUCCGAGGUGACUGGGUAUAAGGUUUUGUACAGGACCAGCAGCCAGCCCCACGUGAACGUGCUGAACACGGACAGGACCACGGCUGAGCUCUGGCUCCAGUUUAAUGAUGAUUACAUCAUAGAAGUAAAAGCAACGAGUGAUGGCGGAGAUGGCAGCAGCAGCGACCAGAUCCUGAUUCCCAGACUGGCCAGUAUGGAUGCAAGAGGUUCUGGUCUAUCAGUCUUGAACAUCUUCAGCGUGUCCAGCUUCCUACUGACAAUCCUUUCCUUGACUCUUCAUUCAGUGUUGUGAUGAUACAUUUGCAUUUGCUGGGGGAAAGAAAAAAAGAAUUGGUUACUACAGAAAAGUGCUUUUUUAAAAAAAAAAAACUGCAGUGGUUAAUGCAUGUUUUUCUUCUAUCCUGACGUGUUUUUAAAUUCUUUAUAUUUCACUGUAGGUUGAAGUAAAAAUAUCAUAUAAAGUUUAGCAAAUCCUUUAAAAAGGAAUCUAAAAUGCCUUAAUACUUGAACCAAAGGAGUUUACAUAUUACAUACUUCAGAUACAAUGUAAGAGGGGGAGAGCAAUGGUACUGGGAUGGGAGUUACAUAAAGCUUAGCUCAGUGAGAAACUCCAUUUUUGCAGUGACACUGAAUUCUUUGGGGUAGGUCCUGCCUUGUUCCUAUAACAUUCUGCAUAAUGGAGGUGAAAGCAGAGCCGUGGCAUUUCGGCCGGAUGGUAACACCUCGACCAAGGGGCUGCUCUUAGGACAGUGUCAUCAUCCGGUAGGUUUGCACUCGUUUUCUUACUGCCCUUUAGAGAAGUUAUUAUAAAUCUAGCAAGAAAUCAAAGAAAAGUCACAGUAUAGAUGUUAGUUUUGCACCGUCCAUCUUGGGGUGUCCAAGAGGCUUCCACUCUUAGGAACUGAUUUCCCAGCCGUGUUUCAAAGAAAGCUCUCUGUUCCUUUUCAGACACCUGCCCUUCCUCUCCAUCAAUAGAUUUAGAAGUUAAUUUCCUAAUAUCUCCUAUUCUUAUAUUUCUUAACCAGGUUCUUUGUUCAUAAUCAAGUUCUCCCACCUUCAGCAUCAUUUUUGUUGCCCUUCUCUGAGCUCCUGUCAGUGUUCCACUAACAAAAGUGCCCAGUGGGAAGCAUUAUAGAAAUGCAGUUGCACCAUGGCCUUAUGAAAGGGGACUCCUGCCACCUCCCUACCCUGUCACGUGGGGCUUCCAGUUAUGCAGCCCCAAAUUAUCUUGCUCUUUUAUCUGCCACACUGCUCUGUAAACUCACCCUUAAUUCAGUGUUACGUUCGUAAUUCUCCUUCCUGCUGCUCUUUAACCAAUUCAAAACUUAAUGUACCCCGUUACUGUCAUAUGAGCCUGGUAAGUUUAUGGCAAUACUAUAGGUUAUAAUAAACAAAUUACACAAAACCACUUCAAGCUUGCUAUUAUAGAGAAAUCUAUGCUUUCUUUCAUAGCAAUAUGUUAAAGAUACAUUAAAUCUGGUACAUUUGACUUCUGCAGUUGUGACUUAAGUCAAAGUCAGCCUUUUAGACACCCUUUAGAGAGCUGCCCACAGUAGAGCAAGUGUUCAUGUGACAUAAAACAUAUCCUUCUAAAGAGGUUUGGUUUUUUUUAAUCUCACAGUAUUACCACAACACAGAAAUGUAAAGGGAGAGAACCAGGAUUCAUGAAAUGAUGGUAGCACUGUAGAAAAAAAUACCUUGAUAUGCAUUCAAAUAGGAAAUUACCUUAUUAGUAUCACAUCCAGAUGAAAGUACCUGCUAACUGUUGAAGUAAGCGAGAUCUGUAUAUACUGUACAUAAAUAGUUAUAAAUGGCUAGUUGCUUUUCAAUGUGGCUAACCAGUGAUGUUCUCAGACACUUGCAAAUGGGGGGGAGGGGGAGGGCGGGAGAUGGAAAACCAGGUGUUACUAGUAAAUAUAUAGUUAUGUUUCAUGCAACAAAGGGUGAAUCUUUCUAUUCUUGUUUCACAAAAUUCUAGUCCAUGUUCCUGUAUUGCCAUUUUCACGCAAUUACAUUGUAUUGUUUGAUUUCUAGUUAUAUAUCUCCAUGAGAUAUGUACCGAGUACUUUGUUUCAUAUUGAAAAGUUUGAAAUUUAUCCUUAAAACUUCCAGUUGUGUGUGUAUCCUAUGGUUAUCUGUAUGCAUUUUUUUCUAUUACUCUAAUAAAAUAUUUAUUACAUUGAGGGAUACUA